UUUUCUUCUUCGUUUUUCACUUUCAAAUUCAAGCAAUGAACAGUGUCACCAUUGAUACUAUCGAAGAAAACGGACAUGUAAGCGAUUCAGACGCGAAUUCCGAUGAUGCAUCGGAAUACUACCAGCCGAUAUCGGCGGUAGACGAAGACGGAAGCUCAGACGGAGAGAACGGAAUUGAGUUCCAGCAACUUCCAAACGGUUACAGUGUUCACGGUGGAGCGGAGAACGGGAUCGCGAUGCUGGAUCUGAGCGACGGCGUAGAGCAGAAGAGUAGCGAUGAGGAGGAAGAAGAGGAAAGGAGUAGAGAAGAAUUUGAAAAUGAGAUUCGGAGAGCGUUGAGGGAAGAUGAAAAUCGGAGGAACGCGCCGUUACCGGUGGAGAAUGCGACGAGAGUUAUGGAGGCGAUGCGUGGCGUUUCGUUUGUUGGAGAAGUUCCUCCAUGGGCUUCAGAAGUUCCUGUGGAUCGUUGGAUUGAUCAAAUUCGUAGACGGAGACAAUCACCAAAUACUUGAAGGAAAAUUUUGAUAUGCAGAUUCAUGCUAUUUUCAUUUUUCUUCAUUUUAAUUAUGAAUUUGUAAUCUAUUUGCUGGUUAAUUUAAUCAAAUUUAGUGGUUAUUACUCAUUUUAAUAUUUAUGUUUCUGGGGAAGAAGA